ACCGGCCCCCCGGCGCGCUCCGGGCUCGAUUAGCCGGGCUGCUUGGCGGUGUGCUGCCGCCCUGUCUCUGGGACGGCUCAUACUUCGCGAGGGCGCCGCGGCCGGGAGCGGGUAGACGCCGCCGCCUCAGCAGCGAUUGCUCCUGCCUGCCUGCCGCGGCGGCGGCGGGAGGGCGGGCGCCAUGGCGGCGCGCGGGGCCUCGCGCCUGGCCUGGUGCCUCCGCCGGGUGGGGGCGAGCGGCGACUGGCUCCUGCUGGAGGCCGGUACCGAGGUAUCUGUUGGCCGAGGAUUAGAUCUCACCUACCAGCUGGUGUCAAAAACCUGUCCCUUGAUGAUCUCUCGUAAGCACUGUGUUUUCCAGCAAAAUGCAGAAGGGCAGUGGACUGUUAAGGAUAACAAGAGUCUAAAUGGAGUCUGGCUUAAUAAACAGCGCCUGGAUCCCUCAAAAGCCUAUCCUAUAGCUGAAGGAGACCGUAUCCAGUUAGGAGUGCCUUUGGAAAACAGAGAGACUGCUGAAUAUGAGUAUGAAGUAAUCAAGGAGGAAUGGGAGAAAAUCAGACCUUUCCUAGCCCAAAGAAAUGACCUGGGAAAAACUAAGAGUUCAAGAACUAAACGUAAAUUUAGUUUGGAAGAGUCAGAAAUAUCUGGAUCAGAAGGCCCUUCAGAUUCCAGAUCCAAAAGAGACAGGGCAUCUUGUCACAGUGAACCUUUGGGUAAAUCAUGGGAAAGGGUAGAACAGGCCAAACAGAUAACAGAGAAGAUGGAUGUCAAGCUACCUUCUCCUGGACCAAGUGAGGAGCAUAGUGGUCCUGUGCACUCUGAGAAAGCUGUAUCUGUCACCCAUAAGGACCAGAAAGCCUCUGGUCUUGCACAGUCUUGGACUGGCUUGGAAAUGCUGAGGAAAACCCUGGUAGAUAUAAUGAAGCUGAAAGUCAAAGUGCAGGAGAAGCAGACAGCAGUUCUGAAUGUGAAGCAGAAGCGCAGGAAAUGUGCUCAGAAGGAGAUCCUGGCAAUGGAACAGGAGCUGCAGGAGCUGCAGAACCAGUUGUGCCUAGAACAAGAGCAGCAUCAGCAGCAGGUGGAAGAGCUGGAGAAGACGUUCUCUAAAGAGCAGCAGAAACUAGAGGGAGUAAAGUGGCAACAUGGGGAAGAGAAUCUGAAGGAGCAACUGGCCCAGGUCCUGCAGGAGCAUCGUGCUUUGAUGGAAGAACUGAGCCGUAGUAAAAAAGACUUUGAGGAGAUAAUUCAAGCCAAGAAUAAAGAACUGGAAGAAACUAAGGAGGAGAAGGAAAAGGUGAGAGCUCAGAAAGAAGAGGUGUUGAAUCAGAUGAAUGACGUGUUGGAGAAUGAGCUACAGUGCACGAUCUGUUCUGAGCACUUUAUCGAGGCAGUCACUCUGAAUUGUGCGCACAGCUUCUGUUCCUACUGUAUUAAUGAGUGGACAAAACGUAAAGUGGAGUGCCCUAUCUGCAGGCAGGAGAUCAAAUCGAAGACGCGCUCUCUGGUGCUGGACAACUGCAUUGACAGGAUGGUAGAAAAACUGGAUGUAGAAAUGAAAGACCAUCGUCUUGCCCUUAUCAGAGAGCGGAAAGGUGAGAGAGAAACGGAAUGUAUUGGUGAACCUAGCCAUGGACAAUGACAACACUGUAAUUUCCUCCAUCUACUCCAUCUUGUCAAUGAACAGUUGUGACAACGAGAACUCUGAGGAGAAUUCUUACUAUGGUGAUAACUACUACAUUAUCUAAACACUGCUACUGCAGACCUGUUUGCCUGUAUGCUGCCCAGAACAAACCUGAUGGUGUUUGGUUUACUACUGGUGGAUGAGUGGACUGGACAUCUGGAAGGAGAGAUUCUCUAUGCGGAAACUGGAGCUGAGAACUAGCAGCAUUUGGAAGAAGGGUCUUAUUUUUUAAAUGAAUGUACAGAAGCUUCAUCUCCAAAGCAAAAUUGGGAUUGCGGGAGAAAAAAACUUGUGUCAUGCUAGGUGCUUAACAUAUAAAACCUAGGCUUCCAUGAUCAUUUGUGACCUACUCAGUUGGUAUAAUGUAUUAGUUUAUAUGCAUCACUGCCCUUUCCUGGGUGAAUGGCAUGUUUAAAUGUGUGCAUCAGCUUUCCCAUAUUUCAGUCAGCAGAGGGAAUGGCCCAAGUUAUUUGAGAACUUAAUCAUCUCCACCAUCAGACAGCAGAGGUAUACCAGGAAAAAAUACCGUCAUGGGUUUUCCUCUUGAAUUUUGUAUGGCAGCUGGAGCCAUCCCAGGCUUCCCUGGCUGCAGAGGUAAUGCUUGUUUCAAACGGUGGUUAUGGACCCUGUCAGCCUUCAGCGCUUGAAUGCAUUGUAAGCUGAGCUGCUGGGAAGUGAAAAUGAGAACAUUGCUCAUUUUCUGUUAGGAAGGGAUGGAGAAGAUUAAAUCAUCUAGAAGUUCCUAGCUAGUGCUGUUUUCAUGUAGCAUCUUUAGUUUGUUCCUUCUUCAGGAUUUGCAUGAAGUGUUUUAGAAAUGGGAAGCAGCACACCCAGAAAUUAUUAGCAAUGACUUUAGUUACACAUACAGUUCUUGCCAGCAGCAGAGAGGAACCUCGGUCUCUUCAGAAGUGCUGCUAUUUGAAUUAAUGAGAGAUCCUGUUGACAGGGUGGGAAAGCAGCAUUUGUAGGCAACCACAGGGCACAGAGGGAAGCAUUUUGUUUUAUUGUUUAGAGUAUUGCUGUUGAGCUGUGGCAUAUACUACCCUCACAGCAAAUUGGUCAUCCCUAAGAGGCUGAGCAAGACUUGCCUCAUCCUAUCAAGGAUUGCCUAUGAAGUUUUGUUUUCAGUGGCCUAUGCUUUUGACUUAGCUGUUACAUGGAAAGGACUGUUUUGCCACUGUGAGAAUGGGAUGGGGGGGGAACCCUUCUGGUCUGUAAUUUCUUUGGCCAGUUCUGUGUAUUUUCUUGUUGUUAUGUUUCCUGUUUAAGGAGGAAAAUAUAAACCCAUUUCUGCAUUAGUCUUCGUUGGUGCAACCACUGAGACAAAUAUCUUUCUCCUAGUUAUCUUAGAAUUCUCAAGAGAACCCAGAUUGUCUCGUUUUAAUGGCUCUGUUUGCUUACUGUUUUGAUUGCUCUAAGCAGUUUUAGUGUUUGACUGUUUUUAAUUUAUUUGAAGGACUUGUGUGUUCAACAAUUGGUAAAAGACAUCCCAGCUCUUCAGCCCUGUGUUAGCAGUGGCUCCCCUAACAGUAAUUCAGUAGAUACAAUCUCACCUCUUUAUUUUCUUCCUCUAAAGAAAGAUCUCAUUAAAAAUGCAGUGAGGUAAACAAAGGAGGAUGCUGUCCUAAGAAAGUAGCACAUUCUGAUAGUUCUUUUUUUUUUUUUUUUUCUUUUCUUUUUUCUUUUUUUUUUUUUUUUUUUGAUUGGUAGGACUUAAGGAAUGAAGAAAAAUCUGAUCUGUGGGCCAGGCAACUUUCUUAAAAGUGUAAGGUUUCUCUUGUGGAGGAGCUAUUGCAUCUUGAGGUUUCCUUUUCUCCUUUUAAUAUCCAUUUUCUACAUGGGGUCUUGGAAGUUGCUGUUAGUGUAUAUAUGCUCUGUAGAGUGUCUGUGACAAGAGGGUUGCACGGAAUGUUUGUGAAAUAUCCUGGCAUUGGUGUAAGGCCUUUCUGUUGAAGUGGAGUGUGUAGGGGAAAUACUCUGGUUACCUAGGACUGCAAAUUCUUUUACUGUGCAUCUCUUCCAUGUUGCUGUGCUUUUUUGCUUCUUUCAUUUUGCUAAAUAUAUUUAUUUUGUUAUGUCAGUGUUUAUACAUACUUUAGAAAAGAAUAAUGCUUCUCCUAGUUACAGAGUAGUUCUUCAGUGUGCUUGCUAAGUGUGACCCCUUUUCACUCGAAUAUAAAGAACAUAAGCAGUACACUGAAACUCUUCCACUGUUACCAGUGGGUGCAUAGGGUGUAAAGGUCCAAGGAGAGAUGCUAUGUAGUAACACUGUUUACUUGUCAUAGCAUUUCACGGACAAAAGUAGACUUCCUCAGGAAAACUAUUACCGAAUACAGAGCUGCUGACUAGACAUACAGAAGUGUGAGGGGAAGUUCCAACUGUUGCCUUCUGGACACCCAUACCUCUCAUAGUAUGGUCUCCUGAGGUCUAAGGUCUGGAUCAUUUCUUCUAUUUACUUGCACAGUGAAUGACUAGAAAUCAACCUCGUAGGGUCUAAAAUGAUUGUGCUAGCUGUGAAAGCUAGAACUUUCCUCUUGGGGGCAGACCAAAAGCAAAGGAAGAUUUGGAAGACAAAUAACAAAAUAUAACAGAGGACUGAAAAUUAGUUGAAUUUCAGGCUUUUAAUUGCCUUCCAAGUUAAACACAGGGAGCAUGUAGAAAGUGGGAAUGAGUCUAGACUAUUCAAUUCCUUCAUACUCGAGAUGUGUGUUUAUGGUAUGUACAUAUGUAUAUGAAAUGAAGCAAGACUAAAGGUGAGAAGAAACCAUUUAGUCAGCGCAUCUCUAGUCAGAGGAAGAUCAAGAAAAGAAUUUUCCAUUGAAUAGCAUAUCGGUAACCACCAAAUGAGCUAAGAAAACUAGUGCUGUUUUUUACCUAAAUCUUCAUUAAGGUUGACAUUAAUCAAAUGGCUUAUACAAUGCUGGUGACCAAAGAGCAAAACAGUAGGCCACUGGCUAGAGUUUUGAAAGAAUGACUUAGAGAGUACUUAGUUACUUGAAAACAUCUAAUCUAGGCAAGGUGAAAUCAAUCCUAGAAUACUUUGAGUGAUCUCAGGAUUAUUACAAUUCUCUGAGAAUUAGAGGACAAGUAAGGCACUAGAAUACUGAAAAUAGAUACUGUCUUUGAAAAGAAGGGAAAGGUAGAGAUGAGGAAUUGUAGACCUGUGAGCUUCACUUGAGUUCUUUCUCUUACUCUCCACCAUCCACACGUUAUUUAAAAAAAACUUUUUUAUAAGCAUAUAGAAGACAAGAUGAUGGACGAUAGAUAGAAUGAUAGAUUCUGCUAUUCUAUUUGUCAAUAACAAAACAUGAUAAAAUAAUGUUACUUUGAUAGAGAAGUUAGGAGAAACUGUAGGUGUCAGCUUUUUGUAUACUUUUUGAGACUGUGUCUCAUAAGGAAGCUGUGGAAGGAUAAUCUAAGUGAGACUACUCUAAGGUCUGUUCAAAACUUUGUACCGAUCACAAAUCAAUGGUGGUAAAAGGAUUUAAAGUGGA